UCUUCAUCUUCAUUUCAGCCUUCCCACAACUUCAUUUCAGUUUUCAUUCACCUUCAUUGCAGGCUGUUCGACCAGUCUAUGAUCUAUCAUGAAAGUCCCCGACGUCUUCCUCAUCCUACUGCUGACCUGCAUAACUGCGCAUUCCUGCCAAAUUCUCCUUCUCGAGUAUUUUAGAAAACAGCUCCCCCGAAGAUUGAAGCAGCACGAGAACAUCUGGUAUUUACCUGCGACGUCCAUCUGUCUAUCUGUCGCGGUCGUCGUUGCUUCAGCUUUGACAAAGCCGAACACAACCACGCAAUGCCUACAAGAUGUCGAAGUUAACGCAGAUAUUGGAGGCAUCGGGGUUCUCCUUGGACUGUUCCUGCCCACUGUUGUCAUUGGCAUGGUGCUCUUAUCCGGACACUGGAAGGCCGAGCCUUCGGGGGCGAAAGAACUAUGCAUGGCUCACAUGGCGAAUUUGCUUUACUUGACGGUAAACCUCUUGAAGUCGCAUCACGAAAUUAGCAUCCGAGACACUUUGGUUGCUUGCUCUAGCAUUGACGCCAUUAGUGCUUCCAUUUCCAUGGCUAUCUCGGAUAAGGACGUACUUGCUGCGCGCAAGCUUGUGAUGGCUGGGCUCAUACUUCAAGUAACGGCCUUUGUCUCUCAAGGCUUUACUCUCAGUAGACUUUCAAGAUUCCCAGCCCAUUGUAUUACCGAGCUGCAUCAUCCAACGAUCAGUUCAUCAAAGGGGCUCAUGUGGAGUUACUUUGUGCUCCGAGUUCUCUCCACUUUCUCGCUAAUCCCAACAGUAAGGCGUCUCAUGAACCGCCUGAACGAAAUCGAACACGCUCCACGCCAAGGACUGCAGGUCAAAGAGGCCAGAAGUUGGGAAUCACUACCUGCUACCUUGUUCACGAACUAUCUUUGCUUCGGCGCACUUGCCUUCAUUCAACUGGUUCCAACUCUCAGUAUUACGCGAGCAAGCUUCCCUCAGUCUGCCGAAAAACUGCGAACCGAAUGGGGCCAGAGCGCAGCGCUCAUAGUAGCUUCAGUGGCCAUUGCCCAUGUCGGAUUCUCCUUCUUCACCCUGUUCCGUUCAGAUGCAAUGAAGCAUCGCCUUGCUGUAUGUGAGGCCAUGCGAACCUCAGUAACCUGGGCAUUGCCUCAACGAAGUUGGAAAACAUCCACGGUCGGGAACGUUCUGCAACAACGAUCACCUUUCUCCAAAGUAAUACUGCGGCCGAGCGACGAGCUCCUUGUGGAUGAUACGCAGCUUCGGCCGUAUGCCGAACUGAACUUAAGCAAGGAAGAGCAAGACGGGCUCUGGGAAGAGCUGAAACUUGCAUUCGUCGAGAACGACAAAGUAUACAUCAUGGAUUGUCUGAACAGAGGCGCACCAGACAAUCGCCUAGACGAAGAAACUCGAGAGUAUCCGAUACAUAUGGCUGCUCGAUUUGGUAACUUGGAUGUCCUUAGCCGGAUCCACCCUCCCGGUCCCCAUAACACGCUGACAGCCACUGAUCAAUUUGACAUCGAAAUGCGGAACAUCCUUCGAAUCUCUACCGACUAUUUUGAUAGAUUACUCUCUCCGAAUGUAUACGAGGAGACACCGCUUACACUGGCUGUCAAUGUGAACCAGAAAUCAGCAGUCCAGUGGAUAUUAGACCGUUUUCGGGAGAUCCCGGGCACCUCAGUCGAGCUCUAUGAACGUGCGGAAUGGGAAGUGAUCCGAGUAAUGGAAUCUUUAAUCCAAGCCGAGAAAACAGACCUCCUAACCAUCUUCAUGCACAAAUGCCCGCAUUGGGAGUCGACGAAAUUUCGGAUCAAUCAGUGGCACUGCGGAGCCAUUGACUUUGCGCUGCUAAGCUUGAAACCAAGGUCAGCGGAGCUGAUUAUGUCUAAAUGGAGACAACCCUACUUGCUCCCAGACCAUUUAUACAACAAAACGUUAUGGAAAAGGCUCGAGGUUCUUCCUGAGACCACGAGUAAAAAAUGGUUCAAGUUGUUUCGGGACAACUCCCCUGAUGCCCCCUCAGAGAUACAGUUCCGUGACGAUCUGUUGAGAGAAGGCCACACCGAAUUGUUGGUUAACUUUGGAUACGAUGGUCAAUCAUUAUGCAAGGCUAUGUUACCUUCCCCUCGCGAAUAUAACAGUGCUCGUUUCAUGGCUGGAUAUCCUCGCGACGCCUUAGCCUCAUUGCCUACCGAGACCCUCGACUGCAUGCGCACGAGAACAGUAGAGGCUCUCGAGCGUUGGUCUGCAGCGGGCGCUCGUAACUAGUCGAACUUUUCAACAGCGGUCAAGAUUACAGAAAUUGAGCCUUUAAGAGAUCUACUAGCCGAAGAGUUAUCGCUAGGCAAUGCCACAAGGAUGGCCAACGCCAUCUGGAU